AUGAGCGAGUAUCCCAAGUGGCAGGACACCAACUACGUGCUGGCCAACUACAAGACGGAGCCGUGCAAGAAGCCGCCGCGUCUCUGCCGCCAGGGCUACGCCUGCCCGCAGUUCCACAACCCGCGCGACAAGCGGCGCUCGCCGAAAAAGUACAAAUACCGGUCCACGCCGUGCCCGAACGUGAAGCAGGGCGACGAGUGGGGCGACCCGAACAGCUGCGAGCACGGCGACGGCUGCCAGUACUGCCACACGCGCACCGAGCAACAGUUCCACCCGGAGAUCUACAAGUCGACGCGCUGCAACGACGUGCAGCAGAACGGCUACUGCCCGCGCGCCGCCUUCUGCGCCUUCGCGCACGUCGAGAACGAGAUGGUGACGAGCAGGGAGGUGGGCGCGCCGGGCCUCACCUGCCUGGCGGAUAUCGUGUCGUCGGCGCUGCCGCAGGACGAGGGCGGCUCGGUGCGCAAGAUCUCGGACCACGGCGACGGGCCGGGUCACAAGCCGCAGCGCAACGGCCGGCUCUCGCUGCCAGCAGUCUGA